UGGGCCAAAAAAGUUGGGCCGGAGGAUAACCCUAGAUGCAUAUGAGGCGGGGCGGCGGAGCAGAGGUGCGAUUAGGUUAAAGAAGGGAAAGGUAAAAUUGGUGUUGGAAGAGAAUAGAAAUUGAGAGAGGGAUCUGUGAUUGUUAUUGAUUGCAGAAGAGAAGAGAAAUGAGAGGAAGGAGUUACAGUCCAUCGCCUCCGCCCCCUCGAUAUAGCAGAAGAGGAGGAGGAAGGAGCCCCAGCCCUAGGGGCCGCUACCCUCCUCGUCCCAGACAGCAAGAUCUCCCUACCAGCCUUCUUGUUCGUAACCUUCGCCAUGACUGUAGGCCCGAGGAUCUUCGCAGACCUUUUGGUCAAUUUGGUCCUCUCAAAGACAUUUACCUGCCUAAGGAUUACUACACUGGGGAACCCCGUGGCUUUGGUUUUGUUCAAUACGUCGAUCCCGCCGAUGCUGCUGAUGCUAAAUAUCAUAUGGAUGGUCAAAUUCUUCUUGGUCGUGAACUCACCGUUGUCUUUGCUGAGGAGAAUAGGAAGAAGCCAACUGAGAUGAGGUCAAGAGAGAGGAGGGGUCGAUUUUAUGAUAGAAGGAGGUCUCCUCCCCGCUACUCUCGAUCUCCACCACCACGUCAUAGAUCUCGUUCUCGCAGUCGUGAUUAUUAUUCCCCUCCUCCUAAACGAAGGGAAUAUUCAAGGUCUGUCACCCCAGAGGAUAGAAGGUACAGCCGAGAAAGAUCUUAUUCGCAACAAAGUAGAGAGAGGUCAUAUUCUCGAUCUCCACCUUAUAAUGGGGGCUCAAGAAGCCGAAGUCGGAGUCCGGCAAAGGUCCCAGGCCGGAGCAGAAGUCCAAGUCCGAACCGUGAUGUAAGGGAACCAACCCGUGGUAGGUCCCCCAGUCAGUGAGAAUGGGAAAAGAUUUUCCUUUGACUUUUAGAUGCUGGAUUUUGGGCAAGUUACUUCUGUUUAUUGUGGACUGAACUGAUACGAUGGAGUUGGUUUUAAUUUGUGGUUUCAUAUAUCAGAGAUGUUUGUUGCUUGAAUUAAACAUCGUAGGUAAGUCUAGCCCUAGUUGGAUUUUGAAAUUCAUUUACUAUUUUUCAUCCAGUUUUAUUUUGAUAUUGAUGUGGACUUUGUUAGUAUUUUCUAUUUGUUUUUUUUGCC